AUGAAUUGGCGUGACGGGAUUUGGUUAUGGGUCUUGUGCAAGCUUGGCGUGCACGCUCGCCUGGCCGCGAGGUAUGCCCGCUUUCUGGAACAGAGUCCAGAGCACUCGCUGACAACCAGCCUGACGUGUCCAGCGUCCCGGACCAAGAGGGCCCUAUCAACCACCGACGCGUCACAUCCGUGCCACGGGUCCCUGAUUCCAGGGUCGGCUUGGCCCAAUCUCGGUCCCGCGGAGGCGCUAGUGCACCAGUCUCGUCGGCUGCACCGUCUUGCCGGUUACGAUGCCAACGUUGCGGUGGAACGCGUUCGCGGACCUACCAUUGCCGACACUCCGCGAUCCAGCAGCGUAUCCCGCGAUAGGAGUCUGUUCUCGCCGUCGGACGGGCUGCGCAAACACGAAGAUGUUGAAGGAGCGGAGUACUGGACGGUGGUACUAUGGACCGUUCGACUGCGGAAUUACCGGGCUGGGGGCAUGCGUUGGACCUGA